AUGAUUUGGAAUGAGGUUGAUAUUGUAAUGGAUGAAAUUAUACUUGAUAAAUACGAAGAGGAAUUUAUUAAUCCUCCAUUUCAACAAAAAGUAGAAGUACAAGAAUAUUGUCACUUUGAUGGAUUAAAAAUAGGUGUUAGUCCAUAUCAUUAUCAAUUAGUUAAUGAAGAAAAAUCUUUUAUUAAUGAGAAAAUAAAUUAUAUAAAAGACAACCAGCUUUUUGAAAUAGAGGAAGUUUUAUUUGAUCCAAUACUAGAAAAUGAAAUUGUAAAAGAAAUACAAAUCGAAACAAAAAUGAUAAUUGAAAAUGAAGAAGGUUGGGAAAGAAUAAAGAAAGAUGGAAAGAAGUGGAUGGAAAAAUGGAAAGAGAAGAAAGACAUAAUUUGGAAAAUGAAAAAUAAUAAUAAUUACAACUACCAAA